GGGGAACACGCACAGAACAGCCGCAGGGGAGGAUGGCCACCCCUCUAGCCUGUCGCCGCCGCUUUCUGCGGCUCCCCUUCGUCACCUCCUUGCACGGGGCUUUGCACCGCCCCGACGGGCACAGGGCAUCUGCUCCCCCGACCCACACUGCUCAGCCUCUCCCGGUCCCGCUGCCGCCCGCAGGAUUGCCGCUGGGUGCCCGCGGCUGGGUUGUGCCGAGCGGCGGUAACAGGUGCGGGACCAGCCCCUGCUUUUCGUGUCCAUCACCCUGUCCACAGCAGACCGUCAUCGUCCCCUUGGUUCCGGCGGGGCCCUUGCGGGAGGGGUUGCAACCGUCCGCCGGUGGCAUCGGGCACACUGGGGAGGAACAAUGCCGCCCGGCAGCCGUGCGACUGUCCUUUGCGGAGGAGAGGGAGCUGAAGUUGGGGGGACACAGGUGGAAACACAUAUACAUGUAUAAUAUAUGCGCGCACAGGUGCACGCACAUAUGCGUAUUUCUAUGCGUGUAUGGACGCACCUGUGCAUAUACAUAUAUGUGUAUACACACACAUGUGUGCGCGCGGAUGGACGGACACAGGUGUGCCCACUCACAGCUGCCCGCACGCACCGGUGGGAGCGACCGUCGCUUCCCGCGACCGCAAGCGACUAUACCUGUCGACCCCGCAGACUCCUCUCCCACCCCGGUUGCGCAGCGCCGGGCUCCUCCCGUUAUAUAGCGGGACCGAGAAUGCGCGGCGGGAAGGGGGCCGGCACCGGGACCCGGGUACCCCGGCGAUCGCCA